UGCGUGUACAUUCUUAAUGUUCCAUUGUGUUUUUUUUCUUCUUUUUUUUAAGAUUCUUACUUAUUAUGUAAAAUUCAUGUAAGUAUCUACUUCCUUAUUCUUAUUCAUAAUGUGUGGUUGGGCUUGGGUCCAACCAGUAUGUAUGCUAAGGAAGCCCAAACUCUCCUUUCGCCGACCCAUCUCCCGCCGUAUAAGAUGCUUUCGUCAUUUUCUGGUGCGCGAACCGCCCUCUGACGGUCAAAUGUGAAAGUUACGGGGAAGAGAAAGCGCGCGAAAUUAAGAUACCCUCGCCGUUGCCAUUGUGGUUCUCCCUUGCUACGUCAACCGGAAGUGGCAGCAACUAUUACCCACUCAUCCAUCCCAAAUGGGCAAUCAAAAGCAGCAAGUAAUUUCACGGUUCUUUGCUCCUAAACCCAAAACUCAACCAUCGCCAUCAUCCGCACAGCCACCUUCUUCACCAUCUUCUUCUUCUAACGCAGAGAGACCGAUAACAACGCCGCCGCCCAAAGUCUCUGCCACGGUCUCUUUCUCUCCUGGCAAACGCAAGCUCCUCUCGUCACACAUCGCCUCAUCCGAACCUAAGAAGUUCAAACUCUCUUCGCACACCCAGAACCCCAUUCCUGACACUUCUCUCCACCAAAGAUUCGUCCAGAAACUUCUUGGACCUUCAACGGAAGCUCCAGAGCCUUGCGCUCAAUCAUCGGAUACCAAACCGAAGAAGUACACCCCUUUGGAGCAACGAGAGGAGGGGUGUGGAGGACAGAAUAACUAUUUGGUUUGUGUUGUGGAGGAAAGUAUUUUGAUAGAGAACAUAGAUUGCGGUGUAGAGAGUGGGUUUGAUGUGAAGAUUGGGAUGGUUGCAGUUGAGGUAUCUACUGGAGAUGUUGUUCAUGGGGAGUUCAACGAUAAUUUUAUGAGGAGUGGGCUGGAAGCUGUGAUUUUAAGCUUGUCUCCUGCCGAGUUGCUCCUCGGGGAACCUCUUUCUAAGCAAACAGAAAAGUUGCUCCUUGCAUAUGCUGGACCUAGCUCAAAUGUUCGUGUAGAGCGUACCUCAAGAGAUCACUUCAUGGACGGUGGUGCUCUAGCAGAUGUUAUGUCUUUGUAUGAGAAUUUAGGUGGGGAUAGUUCAGAAGGUAAUCAAGACCAGAAGCUAAAGGUGGUAAAACAGGAAAAUCAUGGCCCUGCAAUUCAGGGAAUUAUGGACAUGCCAGAUUUGGUUAUCCAAGCAUUGGCCUUAACCAUUCAUCACUUCAAACAAUUUGGAUUUGAAAGAAUUGUGUGUCUUGGAGCAUCAUUUAGAUCUUUAUCUUGCAGCAUGGAGAUGAACCUCUCCGCCAAUGUACUUCAACAAUUGGAGAUUUUGAAGAACAACUCAGAUGGCUUGGAGUCUGGUUCCUUGCUGCAUACCAUGAACCAUACUCUAACAAUAUAUGGUUCAAGGCUUCUUAGACACUGGGUGACUCACCCUUUACGUGAUAAAAACAUGAUAUCUGCUCGUCUUGAUGCUGUUUCUGAGAUUGCAGAAUCCAUGGGGGCCUGUAAAUCUUCUCAGAUUGUCAGCGAGGUUGAUGGGGAAGAUUCUGAUCUAACAAUUGGACAAACAGAAUUCUAUUAUUUGCUUUCCUCUGUCUUGACAACAUUAGCAAGAUCACCUGAUAUUCAACGUGGAAUAACUAGAAUCUUUCAUCGUACUGCUACUGCAUCAGAGUUUAUUGCAGUUCUUCAAGCUAUAUUGUAUGCUGGAAAACAACUUCAGCGGCUUAACAUAGAGAAAGAGGAGAGCACUGAAAAAAUGCAAAGAACGAUUGUGCACUCUUGGCUGUUGAAAAAAUUGAUUUUGGCUGCUUCAUCAUCUGGUGUAGUGGGAAAUGCUGCCAGAUUAUUAUCUGCUCUGAAUAAAGAAGCAGCUGAUCAAGGGGAUUUGCCAAACUUAAUAAUUAUUUCUGGCGGUCAGUUUCCGGAGCUUGCUAGAGCCCGGGAGGAGGUUCAGAUGGCAAAGGAAAAACUGGAAUCUCUGAUUGGCCUGUAUCGCAAACAACUCCGGAUAGGAAAUUUGGAAUUUCUUAGUGUGUCUGGUAUCACAUAUUUAAUAGAGCUACCAACAGAUGCCAAAGUACCGUUAAAUUGGGCCAAAGUUAACAGUACUAAGAAAACCAUUCGCUAUCAUCCACCUGAAGUAUUGACUGGUUUAGAUGAGUUAUCACUGGCAAAUGAGGAACUGGUGAUUGUCUGCCGAGCUGCUUGGGAUACCUUUCUGAGGGGGUUUGCUGAAUGUUAUGUAGAAUUUCAGGCUGCUGUUCAAGCGCUUGCUGCUUUGGAUUGUUUGCAUGCCCUUGCAAUUCUCUCAAGAAAUAAGAAUUAUGUUCGUCCAGUCUUUGUUGCUGACGAUGAACCUGUUCAGAUUUGUAUCACCUCUGGUCGUCACCCUGUUUUGGAGACGAUUUUACAAGAUUGUUUUGUUCCCAAUGACACAAACUUGCAUGUGGACAGAGAGUAUUGUCAAAUUGUUACUGGACCCAACAUGGGGGGAAAGAGUUGCUACAUUCGGCAAGUUGCUCUUAUUGCUAUUAUGGCUCAGGUAGAAUCUUUUGUACCAGCAGCAUCAGCAAAACUGCACGUGCUUGAUGGCAUUUAUACUCGAAUAGGUACUUCAGACAGUAUCCAGCAAGGACGAAGCACUUUUCUAGAAGAACUAAGUGAGGCUUCCCACAUACUGCACAAUUGUUCUGCCAGUUCACUGGUUAUCAUUGAUGAGCUUGGGAGAGGAACUAGUACACAUGAUGGUGUAGCUAUUGCUUAUGCUACACUUCAUCACCUUAUAGAACAGAAAAGAUGCAUUAUCCUCUUUGUCACGCACUACCCUAGGAUUACUGCCAUCAGGACUGAAUUUCCUGGCUCUGUAGGGGCGUAUCAUGUCUCAUAUCUGAUCUCACAUAAAGAUGUGGAUACAACAGACUUGCAACCUGGUCAUGAAGAUGUCACCUACUUAUAUAAGCUUAAACCUGGUGUUUCAGAGAGGAGUUUUGGAUUUAAAGUUGCUCAGCUAGCACAGCUUCCUUCCUUGUGUAUCAGUCGUGCUAUUUCUAUGUCUGCAAGGUUAGAAGCGGCGAUGAGCAGCAGAGUUCAAAACAGAUCUGGAAAAAGUCAAUUUCUUUUAACACAACCUAGUAAUCGAGAACCAGAAGCACCAGAUAAUAUUUUGGAAGCUCCGGAAAGUUUCUAUGCUGGGAAGACAGAGUACAUAGGAGAAUCAAUUGUUGCCUGCAGAAGUUUGAUUAUGAACAUGAAAUCUGCACUCUCGGAUGAUGACCUUGGAAAAAGCUUCCAAUUUUUGAAGCAAGCUAGGAGCAUUGCAAGGGAAUUAAUCUACAGGUAAAGAUCAACCUGAAAUUUGA